AUGGGACGAUAUAGCUCAGCCAUCCCUCCUCAUCCGAGGAAUUUGAUAUUGACUCAAUUCUUCAAGCUGAAGCUGACUCAAUUCUUAGAGAGUGCUGAUGAUGGAUACUGCCACGUGUGGAAAUGGUGGGACGUGGCAGUAACCGAGGAGAUGAGUGAGUUUGAGAGACAAUUGAGGCAGCUUAAGGCUCAAGCUAAUGAGAUUCAGCAGUCACUGGUUAACCUAGAGAAGGCAGUGGAAGAGUUAGCCAAGAAGAAGUCAGGGGUUUUACUUGUCUUUCCAUUGGGUGUUUGUGCGUUGCUCGUGGUACUUUUAGCAUGUAUGGUGUUCAUGUUCAAGUGGUUUGAAGACAAGGACGUCGUCAUAAUAGAGUUCAUGGAAGAGCUUCAGAGGCUGAAUAUGCAAGUGUCUGACCUUUAG